UCCCAAACACAGCGAUGGCUCUCUUAAUCAUGGAGAAGACGAUUCGAUCCUUUGCUGUGUCACAGUCAAUUCUUCGGUUUCUCUUUUUUUUAGGCCUCUUUUUAUAAUUUUUGUUGCAUCUGUUCGAAUCGAACAAGGAGAAUUCUGGUGGGGAUAGAAGAAAAUUUGAUCGAAUUCUGAAGGUUUUGGGGGUGAUACCCUCAAUUCAAAAAUGGCGGGGCAGAGUCCAAACAUGGAUCAAUUCGAGGCGUACUUCAAAAGAGCAGAUUUGGACGGAGAUGGUCGGAUCAGUGGAGCCGAAGCUGUUGGCUUUUUUCAAGGAUCUGGCUUGCCCAAGCCUGUUCUCGCCCAGAUAUGGUCGCUUUCUGAUCGAUCAGGGAGUGGCUUCCUUGGUCGGCAAGACUUUUACAAUUCCCUGAGACUUGUAACAGUAGCGCAGAGCAAGAGAGACCUGACACCUGAGAUUGUUAAUGCAGCACUCAACACUCCCGCCGCAGCCAAAAUACCAGCGCCUAGAAUUAACCUUUCAGCCAUUCCUGCACCCCAACCUAAUCCUGCUGCUACCACGGCCCGUCCGGUUACCUAUCCUGGUCAGCAGAAUGUGGGGUUUAGAGGACCAGGCGCUCCAAAUGCGAAUGUUGUUAACCAGAAUUAUUUUCCACCUCAGCAGAACCAGCAAGUGAGACCUAAUCAAGGAGUAUCUGGGCUGACUUCAUUUAGACCAACUGCUGGUCCAGAGUAUAGACCGAGUGUGUUACCAGGUCCUGUUGGUGUUGCCACUCGUCCUCCUCAGGCUGUUCCCACUAAUGCACCUGGUCCUGGUGGUUCAGAAUAUAGACCAAGUGGCGUACCAGGUCAAUUUCAACCAGGUCCUGUUGGUAGUGUUACUCGUCCUCCUCAAGCUGUUACCACAAGUGCAUCUGGUCCUGGUGGUUUCAAUCUUAAUAAUUUGUAUGCUGGAAGCACCAGCGGAUACUCGUCAGGCUUUGGAGGGGGCAGCUUAGCAGCAGCACCAUCUCCUGGCUUGAAACCGGAGUCACAAAUUGAUCCAAGAGCGCUGGUUGUAUCUGGAAACGGAGGUGACAUGUUUUCCUCCUUCCAGCAAAAACCACAACCCACUCUGAGUAAUUCUUCAAUCAGUUCAGCCAUUGUUCCUGCUUCUGCUCCUCCACCGAAACCUAAUGCUCUCGACUCGCUACAGAGUACUUUCUCAAUGCUGCCAGCAGGAAAUCAACCUCAGCAGCCAAGGCCAGCAGCAAGCUCACAGCCGCUUGCAGUGUCUUUACAAGGUCCCUCCUCCGGUUUGCCACCUGGAAGUGCAGUUGGACCCGGCCAUCCAACUCCUGCUGGAAAUAAUCAGCCUCCUUGGCCUAAGAUGAAACCAUCCGAUGUCCAGAAAUACACAAAGGUAUUUAUUGAAGUUGAUAGUGACAGGGAUGGGAGAAUCACUGGUGAGCAGGCAAGGAAUCUGUUUUUAAGCUGGAGGCUACCCAGGGAGAUAUUGAAGCAUGUGUGGGAAUUAUCUGAUCAGGAUAAUGAUACUAUGCUUUCUCUAAGGGAGUUCUGCAUUUCAUUGUACUUAAUGGAGCGGUAUAAAGAAGGCCGUCCUCUCCCACCAGCACUUCCUAGCAGCAUCAUGUAUGAUGAAACACUGUUAUCUAUCUCAGGCGCACCUAGUCGAGGUUAUGCAAACGCUGGAUGGGGAUCUGGUCAAGGUUUUGUUCAGCAACCAGUGAUGGGUCCGCGGCCAAUCACUCCAGCCACUGGCAUGAGACCGCCAGUCCCCGCACCAGCCCCUCAGCCUGGCAGUGGUGUAGCUUCUAAUCAGCAAAGGAAUCAAGCGCCUGCUUUGGAUGAUCCUUUUGCUAGUCACCUAGGUAACGGAUAUUCUCCGAGCUCGAGUCCUCAAGAAACAGCAACUGAUGGGGAAAAGGUUGAUGAAAAGAAGAAUGCCUAUAUGGACUCCAGAGAGAAACUUGAUUACUACCGGACGAAAAUGCAGGAUAUUGUCUUAUACAAAAGCAGGUGUGACAAUAGACUAAACGAGAUCUCUGAAAGGGCUUCCGCUGACAAGCGUGAGGCUGAAACGUUGGCAAAGAAAUACGAGGAGAAAUAUAAGCAGGUUGCAGAAUUAGGAUCGAAGUUAACUAUUGAAGAGGCCAGGUUCCGCGAGAUUGAGGGACGGAAGAUGGAAUUGAGUCAAGCAAUUGUGAACAUGGAGCAAGGUGGUAGUGCUGAUGGUCUACUUCAGGUCCGGGCUGACAGAAUACAAUCAGAUCUAGAGGAGCUGAUGAAGGCUUUAACUGAACGUUGCCAGAAACAUGGGUUGGAGGUUAAGUCGAAGGCCCUUGUAGACCUUCCACCUGGUUGGCAACCUGGAAUUCAAGAAGGGGCAGCUCUGUGGGAUGAAGAGUGGGAUAAGUUUGAAGAUGAAGGAUUUGGCAAUGAGAUUACUUUCGACAAAUCAAAAGAGCAGAACUCGUCUGGUGAGAAGGAAAACGGUACGGUGGAUGAUGGUACUGGACCACCUGAUUCUCCUACUCAUUUAGAUGAGAAUUAUGGACCUUCUUCAGAAACCUCAGACCGUCGUCACUAUGAGAGUGAAUAUGGAACAGCUCACGGUGAAGAUGAAUCAGACAGAAGUCCUAGAGACAGUCCGGUCUCUAGGACUGCUACUGAGGUUCCAUCUCCAAAUCAUUCUGAAUUCUUUGAUGACUCGAAUUGGGCAAGUGCAUUUGAUGAUACCAACGAUGAUGUGGACUCAGUCUGGGGAUUUGAUGCGUCAAAAAGCCAGGAUGGAGAUUAUUAUGGUGAAAACUCAGGAAGAGCAGAUUCUCCAAGUUCAAGAAGCUUUGCUGGUCAGAGAAAGAGCCCCUUUGGAUUUGAUGAUUCAGUCCCCAGCACUCCACUUUCGAGAUUCGGGAACUCUCCUCCUCGGUUCAGCGACGCAUCAACCAGAGAUAGCUUCUCCAGAUUUGACUCCUUCAACCAUAGUGAAGCUGGCGCUCAGCCAGAGAGGCUCUCACGGUUUGAUUCCAUCAACAGCUCCAAAGACUUUGGUGGAGCUGCUUUCUCCAGGUUCGACUCAAUCAACAGUUCAAGAGACUUCGGUGGAGCUGAGAAACUUUCGAGGUUUGAUUCCAUCAACAGUAGCAGAGACUUUGGUGGUCCUUCGCUUUCGAGAUUUGACUCGAUGAAUAGUACAAAGGAUUUCAGUGGGAGCCAUAGAUACUCGUUUGAUGAUGCAGACCCGUUUGGUUCCACAGGUCCCUUCAAAGUCUCCUUUGAUGAUAAAAGCCCCAAGAAAAAUUCUUUCUAGCCACAGUAAUGAUUAUAAUUCUCUUUUUUUUUAAUAUUUUUUCCAUAUAUUCUUGAUUGAUGAACUUAUGGUUGUUUCUUAAAAAUCUUGUAAAGUUUUUCCUCCAAAUGUUUUUGUCGAGACCAUAGCGUUAGAAGACAUUUGUCUCUGCAUGGGUUUUCUACUGUUACGUCUGUUCUGUUCUUAUAAAUUCAUUUGCUUUAUAUAAAAAAAAAACAUUUGUUGGGAUUC